CAAGCGCAACAGGUUGAAUUAUUUAAAAUGAAACUGUUUUCUCUAAUUUUCCUGACUUUUACCCUAUUUGCUUGUAUUUUGACGCUAGCUAACGGAAACUGUGGUGCUAGGUACGGUGGCUUCGGCCUGUGCAAAAUGUUGAUUUCAAAAGUGGUUUUUGUUCCAAAUGAAAACAAGUGCCAAUGGGUGCGCAUACCCGGAUGUUCGUCCUAUGGAACUUUCUUCAGGAGUAUUAGAGCAUGUGAAGCCAAGUGCGUGCGAUAGUACCAUAAACUACAAAGACUUUAUAAGAAA